AUGAUGAGUCGGAGUGAGGAUACCUUUCAGUACAUCAACUCCGCCCCCAGCCUUGAUUCAGACGAACAAUUCAGCACUAUUCCGCAGCUAAGGAGGGGGUUUUUCAAGAUCAUUGUAGAGCGAUUGAAGGAGCGCAACAUCACAUCACCCCUACUGACGGAAGCUUCGUUAGCUUGGUGCCUGCCAACGUCCACCGAUCAAGAGUCUAUUUGGCGACUUCUGCUUGAAGACUCUCUUUCCGUUCCCACCUACAUGAUCGAUGCGCUUCUGAACCUUGAACCUUCCACGCCUAACAGUAAGGUCACCGGUCCUAAUGUCAUUCCGUUUUAUAUCAGAUCAUUCAACAUACAGACAGCCGAUCUUCGAGAGAUUUUGCGUGAACUGUUAGAUGAUGGCUACGACCUGAUGGGCAGAGUUUUCCUGUGGCUCCAGAGAAUGGAUAACGAGGACGACAACGCUUAUGUGAUCUUGCGAUAUUGCGGGCAAACCAAGAACCGACCGUGGGACCGCCAUGUCUCUGAUACGUACUCCACAUCACUCAGCGGUCUUUUCGAUCACUUUCUCAAGAAGCUCGGACAACGAUGUUGCGCGGUCCUAACAGAGGCACUUGUUCAAGUCGUUGUUGAUGCAAGCACUGAGCUGCACUUGCCCGUUGCGCAGUUAAACCUUCGUGAGCAAGUGUUGAUCGCUAUAUUCGGCGAUGGGGUCCUGAAUCUUCAGUCUGGUGGAAAGGACUUUAUGGGGUUUAACGACGAGGAUCAAGUCGCCUUUGUGAGCAUUCAAUCGGAUACAAUACGCCUACUUCAGCAGCAUGCCCGGCCUUGCUCUCAGGCCAUGAAGGACGGUAUAUCACAGUACGCCUCCGAGGUUAGAAAGUACGUUGAGGCAAACCCAUCAACAAGAGGAGAUGAGAAGCGCCCCUUUACAGAAAAGGUCGAGAACAUGAUUCAAAGGCAAGUGACUCCUAGUGUACUUGCCUCGGCGUCUGCUAUCAUGGUCACUCUUGGGUCCGAUAUUGGCGAGAAGCAUGAGGAUGAAGAAGAUACGUUCUUUGAAGCAGGUGGUCGAGCAGCUGAGGCUGCGACUGCUUGCUACAACUAUUUCUCAACUUGGGAGCGCGGAUUAGGGCUUCCACUAGACGUCAACUCGACAAAGCAACUUGUGCAACACAAUAAUCUGCCGUUUGUCGAUAUGUUCCCUUGGUUCACUAAGAACGAGAAAGACUAUUCUGCUGCCAGAAAACUCUUUGUUAAUUACCAUCCUCUCCCAGCAAAAGUCGUAUUCUUUAUUCUAAAUUGCAGGCACUGUAACUCCUCUAAGAUGGUGCAUAUACGAACUUAG